CUGUCCACAACCAAAAGAGCCUGUUCUCAGGCUGCCUGAUUGGCUUAAUGAUGAGAAACAGGAAUCAACUGACCAAGAGGAUCCUGGAUCUAACCCUGGAGGUCAACUACCUGCUAACUGGAGAGGUGAGGGAUUCGGGGAAUUUCACAGGAACUACACACUUUUAUCUUGUGCUUUAACAUGGAUUUGGAUAGAAUUGUUAUUGAAGUGAUUUGUGAAGUAAAUAUUUAAAGGGACACUAUAGUCACCUGAACAACUUCAGCUUAAUGAAGUUGUUCGGGUGAGAACUAUAGCUCCCUGCAGCCUUUCUCAUGUAAACACUGUAUUUUCUGAGAAAAUACAGUGCUUACAUUGAAAGCUAGGAACACCUCCAGUUGCAGUCACUCAGAGGGAAUUCGGAGUUGAUGGAGGCAUAAUAUGCCUCCAUCCACCCAGAUCUGCUGUCAGCAGAGCACAGGGCAGCACUGUGCACGAGCAUCUUGUCUCCCCUGAGGCUGUAAGCAGCAGCAUGUGGGAGUCUGGAAGAUUAGAUCUUCAACAACACAGCUUGGGCUGGCUGCUGACAGCCUGAAGAUAGAAGAUUGGAAUGUGGAUUCAGAAGGCUGGAGAGAGGAGGCUGGAGACAGAAGGCAGAAUAGAGGAGGUGAACUUCAAAAAGUGAGUACUCAUUUUUUAAAAUAAAAUAGUACAGAUUUUUUUCAUUAGAUUUAUUUGAAUCUUUAUUUAUUAAUUUAUAUAUAUUUUUUUAAUGUAUAGUUAUUGUAGCAGAGCGGCAAUAUUAAAUCCCACGAUCUCCGCUGGUAUAGAAGGUAAUCCACAGUCCACGCUGAAAAGUAAGGCAAUCUCCCAAAUCCCCCAGUAACCGGACGAGACACAGUUCUGGGAGUCAACUGAGGUUUUUAUUCACAGCUUCCAGUAUUUAUGCAAGGGGUUUCCCUACUGACAUAGCAGGGGUAACACAGUAGGGGACUACAUGGGGGACUUAACAUUCUGGGCAUUUCUCCCAUCAGGCACUGCUGCACGAGAGGGAUACUCCCACUGGAAUACACCAUUAAAGUGGAUUAUCCCUCCAUGCAGCAGAACCGGCAUUUUACAUUAACAUGUAUAACUUUUACACUGUUUGGUUUAUUUAAACGAAUGGACAUUCAGUACAUAGCUGGGGUCUGAGCGCACAUUUCGUGGGAAUACCGCCCAGAUCCCAGCUAAAACAACCGAACGCCGCAUGAAAUACACUUUGCCAUUGAGUUCGCCUAAACGGACCGAACACCGAUGGGGAACCACAUUAACGAAAGACCGAAGCUCCCGAACGGCCUGGAAGUCCAGCGGUGUUCGCGCAGUCGAGUAGCCGUUUUCAGUUCCACGCGCUCGACGACCAAACACCGCUGGUGAGACAAAGGAUCCAAGAUGGCCGACCGCCGCGUGGUCGGUAGCCGAAUGACAGCCACCUAGGAAAGUUUCUAGUUACCGAUUGCAACAUUGUUGCAAUCAGUUAAUGAGCGCCACACGUCCCUCUAUGUGUGGGCUAUUAGGGGUAGCUCAUUCGGUUUAUGAACAGCCAGUAAAGUCGCUGUUCGUGAAACGAAACACAUGAAUGCUAGCGGCUUUCGCCUGCUAGCAUACGAAUUCCAUGCACAUAACACUAUCAAACAAGGUUACACAUACAGUACAGCGGUUAUUACAGACAACCUUUUUACUUGCUUCAAAUACACACGCCAAGGCUGAUCUGUAUCACUGUCUGUGGGAGUGUGCUCUAAUCCAAUCUUUCUGGACCAAGCUAAACGGUUACUUGGAUAGCCGGGGCAUUCCUAGCCUACCACUUACCCCUGAAUUCUUGCUUCUUUGACUCUUACCAGGUCUCCCACUGCCUAACAAACAAUUUCUCAUCGUGGCAGCGGUGGGACGCAAGACCAUCCUGCAGGUCUGGAACCAGCUGCUAGCGCCCACCAUAGAGUUAUUUCUAACCAAGCUUGCUUUUGUAUUCAAAAUGGAUUGGUUGGACACACUAACUAACAACAAACUCCUCGCCAAAAAAAUUCUCUUGACUUGGAGAUCAUAUAUUCUCACCCUAGACAAAUCUUUCUAGACCAAGGUGAAAACCACUUUGGCAUACACGGCAUGGUUCUCGGCUGAGGUGGUGGCGGGUCGAGAUCCCCUGGCAGUAAUUCCUUGAUGGGUUUAUCUCAAUCUUGCGGGAUGCUAAGGCAAAUCGGCAAUUAUUUUACUAUUUUUAAUUUACUAUGUUCUGUCUAAUUUAAUUUAGUUUGGUCUUUCAAUUCAUGCUUUGGUAGCAGAGCAAUGGAACCGCAGACCUUCCUUGGUGUACCUUCUUUUGCUCUUACAAAAAUUUGCAAUUUAAAAAGGUAUGUUUCAUUGUCCUGAGUAGCAAAAACUCAUAACCCCAGUGCCACGCAAGUGGUAUCUCGGAAAAACUGGCACUGGCUGAGCCUGCCAGACACCUACAUCUAAAGGUGAGUGUCUGGGCUCAACCUCUUGCUUAUUAACAAUGAACUAUUUGGUUUGGUAACUCUUGUUUCUUUUGUUUUACUUGUUUUUUCUGUUUUGUACAUGUUGGAAAAACCACAAAAUAGUGAAUGUAACUUACCAAAUAACAGGUCAAUGUCACGAUUCGGGGAACCCAACACGCUGGCACACACACACACACACAGAAAAGGGGCCGUACCGGACCUUAGAGUGGCCGGGCUAAGCACACACAGAAUAGUCAGGAAACAAGCCGAGUAAGGGGAACCAGAAGACAAGAAUAACGUGAAACGAGCCGAGGUCAAAGGGUAGGAGAAAGUCACAGAGUCAGAUAAACAAGCCAGAGAGUACGUAACCAGAAGCACAAGGUAAAUCCCAAUACUAGCAAGCAAAGACCACAACAGGGCAGGGAGGAACAGGAAAGGUAAGUAUUUAAACCAUAAGGUUAAUUCUGAUUGGAUAAUUUCCAAUCAGAAUUAACAAUCACACGUGGGAGAUAUCUAGACCUCCCACUGUGAUUGAGGCACUGUGCCUUUAACGCCGGGUCAGGUGACUGACCUCGGCGUGUAUAAACUUGGGCGGUCUCCCAGCGUGCAGCGUCAUGCAUGCUGCCGCUGGGGGACGUGGAGGAAACGGCGGGCAGCAUCCGAGGCUGGAAGGAUGCCGCUCGCCGAGCCCACGAGGAGGAGGGGACCGCGGACGGCUGGAGGGUGAGUACCGCGAGCGGAGUGCAGCCUCCCCUCGCAGCCGCCCGCGGGAUCCCAACAUUACCCCCCCUCGAAGACCGCCCAGAGGGCGGGAAGCGGAAGGCUUCAAAGGAAACCAGGCAUGAAAGGAGCGGACCAAAGAGGGAGCGUGCACAUCAGAGCUCGAAACCCAAGACCGCUCCUCAGGGCCGUACCCCUUCCAAUUCACCAAAUAUUGCAGCCGACCCCUAGAAACACGAGAGUCGAGAAGGGCAGCCACCUCGUACACGUCGCCAGAGACAGCGCGAGGGGAAAUGGGCCGCCCGAGGGGACGAGAGAACCGGUUACACAGCAAGGGCUUCAAAAGCGAGACGUGAAACGUGUUCGGGACACGCAUGGAAGGAGGCAGGUCAAGGGAGUAGGAAACGGGGUUAACCCUGCGUAACACCCUGUAGGGACCAAGAAACCUGGGGGCAAAUUUCAUCGAGGGAACCUUGAGACGGAGGUUCCUGGAGGACAACCAUACACUAUCACCCGGAACAUAAGAAGGGGCCGCAACUCUACGGCGAUCAGCAAACUUUUUCUGAGCAGCUGCUGAACGAGACAGCGCAACAUGGACCUGAUCCCACGUCUUCCGCAAAGAGGCGAGGUGCUGGUCCAAGGCAGGCAUUCCCUUGUCGGAGAACGCACCGGGAAGGACAUAAGGUCGAAACCCAUAAGCAACCUCAAAAGGACUUAAGCCAGUAGACGAAUGAGACACCAUAUUCCUGGCAAAUUCAAGGAGACCCCCAUCUCAGCACAAAAGCCCCUCCAAAACUGAGAGACAAAUUGAGGGCCACUGUCAGAUACGAUAUCCUGAGGUACCCCAUGCAAUCGGAACACUUCUUUGGCAAACACCUGAGCUAACUGAACCGCAGAAGGCAGUUUCUUAAGCGGAAUAAAGUGCGCCAUUUUAGAGAACCUAUCCGUCACAGUCAGUAUCACCGUCUGACCAUCAGAAAGAGGCAGGUCUACAAUGAAAUCCAUGGAUAAGUGGGUCCAUGGUUUCUUGGGUAUAGAUAGAGGCAUCAGAAAACCCUGGGGUCUCACAUUAAGGGACUUACACCGCGUGCAGACCCGACAAGCCUGAACAAAAUCCACUACGUCUCGCUUGAGUGAAGGCCACCAGAACUGUUGAAGGAGGCCCUUGUAGGUUUUGGUAACCCCCGGAUGACCAGCAGUUUUGGCGUUGUGAAAUAAAGUUAACAACUUUUUUCUGUCAUUUGCUUCAACGUAUAGUUUACCAACCGGCGUCUCAGGGGGUGCCUGGGUUUGGUAUGUCUUAAUACUAUCAAGGAAAGGUGAAGAAACAACCAAACGGGUAGCAGCUAUUAUCUGAGACGCAGGUACAAUAGGUUUAGGAGUCGGGUUAACAAAUUCUACUGGUUCAUGCUGUCGAGAGAUAGCGUCAGCUUUGGCAUUACGGCAACCAGGUCUAUAGGUAAUAACAUAUUGGAAGCGUGAGAGAAAUAGAGACCAUCCAGCCUGCCGGGCAGAUAACCUUCUAGCAUCAGCUAUAUAGGAGAGGUUCUUAUGAUCUGUUAAAACCAUAAUUUUGUGUCUAGAACCCUCUAAUAAGUACCUCCAUUCCUUAAAAGCUAACACAAUAGCCAAUAGUUCCCUGUUCCCAACAUCGUAAUUCUUCUCUGAAUCAGACAACCUUUUAGAAAAAUAACAACAGGGAUGGAGGGGUUUGUCAUACGACAACCUCUGUGACAGUACGGCUCCCACACCUGACUCUGAAGCGUCUACUUCCAUAACAAAGGGAAGAGAAGGAUCAGGGUGGUGCAGCACUGGAGCAGAGGCAAAUGCCUUCUUGAGGGUUUCGAAGGCCUUAAGGGCUUCAGGAGUCCAAACCCUAGGGUGUAGACCUUUUUUAGUCAGCUUCGUUAUAGGAGAGAUGAGUGGUGAAAAGAUUUUUAUAAAUUUCCUAUAAUAGUUGGCAAAUCCUAUAAAACGCUGGAUAGCCUUCAGUCCUUGGGGAAGUGGCCAGGACAGUAUAGCUUCCAAUUUAGCAGGAUCCAUACUGAAACCCUGUUCAGUAAUGAUAUAUCCUAGGAAUUGCAUCUGAUCUGAUCGAAUAAACAUUUUUCUAACUUACAGUAGAGUCCGUUCUGCAAUAGCCUUUUGAGCACCAUCCUAACAUGGUUAUGGUGUGACUUCAAAUCAGGAGAAUACACAAGUAUGUCGUCAAGGUACACCACAGCACAGACAUGCAAUAGAUCCCUAAGGACAUCAUUUAUGAGGUCCUGAAACACGGCAGGAGCAUUACACAGUCCAAAAGGCAUGACCAGAUAUUCGUAAUGCCCACUGCGUGUGUUGAACGCUGUCUUCCACUCGUCAUUCUCCUUUAUACGGACAAGGUUAUAAGCCCCCCUGAGGUCUAAUUUGGUGAAGAAUUUAGAACCUUUAACACGAUCAAACAACUCAGUGAUGAGGGGGAUAGGGUAGGCGUUUUUAACCGUUAUAUUGUUCAGACCCCUGUAGUCUAUACAUGGCCUCAAAUCGCCCUCCUUCUUUGCCACAAAGAAGAAACCAGCACCAGCAGGAGAGGAGGACCUUCUAAUAAAACCUUUACUUAGGGAUUCCCGUAUGUACUCCUCCAUAAUCUGGUUUUCUUUUUCAGAAAGAGGGUAGACCUUUCCCCUAGGAGGCAUAGUACCCGGUAAGAGGUUUAUGGCACAAUCAUACUCACGAUGUGGAGGUAGCUUAUCUGCCUCGCUCUUUUCAAAAACCAAGGCAAGGUCUGCAUAAACAGAAGGGACAGAAACCGAGAGUGGUUUAGCCGUGGGCACGUUAAGUAAACAGACAGGAUGUACAUGAGCCAUACAGUCUCGUUGACAAGAUUCCCCCCAGGAGAGUAUAUCUAAACAACCCCAAUCAAGAACAGGGUUGUGUUUAACUAACCAGGGAAAACCCAGAACGAUGGAGGCUGUAGGGGAGUCAAUUAUUUGGAAGGUUAACUUCUCCUUGUGCAAAACACCCACAGACAUAACUAUUUCCUGGGUUUCAUGGGUCACCAGAGGUUUCUCCAGUGGUCUACCAUCUAUGGCCUCAACGGCCAAGGGUGUAUCCUUUCGGAUCAAAUUCAGGGCUGCGGUUUUGGCAAAGGUCUCAUCCAUAAGGUUGUCUGCUGCACCCGAAUCGAUCAGGGCUUUGGUUGUUAUAGUGGUUUUAUUGACCAAAAGAGAAACCGUAAUAAACGGUCUGGAGAUGGACACAUGAGGGGACAAAGUCAUAACACCCGAGGACGGAAUGGGUUCGGGCACAGCAGCAGCAGCCUCCUGAACGGCAGGUUGCAAGUGUGCAGUACGAGCCAGUAUGGUUUGCAAAGCUUGAGCAAACUGAUCCAUACGGUGGUCCAAGACAUCCAUUCUAGUCUCUUGAUUAACUAGGAGCUGUGGUAUGUCAGCAGGUUCCAUUAUGGCCCUGUUGUAAUGUCACGAUUCGGGGAACCCAACACGCUGGCACACACACACACACACACACACAGAAAAGGGGCCGUACCGGACCUUAGAGUGGCUGGGCUAAGCACACACAGAAUAGUCAGGAAACAAGCCGAGUAAGGGGAACCAGAAGACAAGAAUAACGUGAAACGAGCCGAGGUCAAAGGGUAGGAGAAAGUCACAGAGUCAGAUAAACAAGCCAGAGAGUACGUAACCAGAAGCACAAGGUAAAUCGCAAUACUAGCAAGCAAAGACCACAACAGGGCAGGGAGGAACAGGAAAGGUAAGUAUUUAAACCAUAAGGUUAAUUCUGAUUGGAUAAUUUCCAAUCAGAAUUAACAAUCACACGUGGGAGAUAUCUAGACCUCCCACUGUGAUUGAGACACUGUGCCUUUAACGCCGGGUCAGGUGACUGACCUCGGCGUGUACUAACUUGGGCGGUCUCCCAGCGUGCAGCGUCAUGUAUGCUGCCGCUGGGGGACGUGGAGGAAACGGCGGGCGGCAUCCGAGGCUGGAAGGAUGCCGCUUGCCGAGCCCACGAGGAGGAGGGGACCACGGACGGCUGGAGGGUGAGUACCGCGAGCGGAGUGCAGCCUCCCCUCGCAGCCGCCCGCGGGAUCCCGACAGUCAAAAGCAUAAAUGAUAAUGUCAUUCGUGUUAUAUUCGUGUACCAUGCAUUUACAAUAAAAAAAUUUUUUAACAAAAAAACUCCCAAGGUAACAAAGUGACCUUCUGUGUAGACUAAGAGAGAGAAAGCAUGAAGGAUAGGCUUAGUUGGAGAGAUCCUUUAAUACAUUUUUCUUUAUGUACAGGAUUACAUUGUUGUUAAGAAAAAUGCCAAGCCUACAAUACAGAGAAGCAGUCCCUGUGUGUUAAGAGGAUCCUGCAAGACUCAGAGCCCCAACACGGUGUGUCCAUCUUACUCCCUGAUACAUGAGGGAAACAAUGAGCAGAACAUCCUGGAACUGACCAAUCAGAUCAUCCACCUGCUGACUGGAGAGGUGAGGCUGCUGGGAAUGGGACAUCAAAGAGUAAAACCAAGGGAUGUGUCUGGAUGGUGACUGAAUAAAGAUGUUGGGAUCUCACUGUCUGUUAUUUCUUGUAGGUUUGGAAGUAUUUGAAAGGGCAAAGUGAAACUUACAAGGAAGUGAUGAUGGAGCGUAACCACCCCCUCAUCUCCUUGGGUGAGACAAUGUUUUAUUAGCAUUGUGUUUGGUUGUAGAGUAGAUAUCAUUCACUUAUAUCAUCAAACACCUGGAACACAGUGUGAGAUCUGAACGGUUAUUACAGACUGGUAAGCUGUACGAAGAAAAUAAAAUUGGUUUAAUAUUAUCUUUACAGAGAAGAUGUUAUACAAGUCACACGUGAUGGCCACUGAGUAUUUGCAAGGCCCAUCCUUUAGUUGGUACUCCAUUUGGGAAAGUGGAGGCUUACUGGACUAGAGACAUUCUGGCUCAUCCAGCCUCUACAAGUUCUUCUGCGUGCUAGGUAGAAACUCAACUUGCUAAGCAAUAUAGGAUUGUCACUGCAGUUAGUAAGUAGUAAAAUAACAUUAAUGGAUUGCUGGAGCUGCACUUAAAUAUAUGACAUUGUGCCAUAACUGGCAAUAUCAGUUGGUCGGACUGCCGUAUCAUCACUCCACAACUCAAUUCUAGCUUGAUCCCAAAAACUAGAUACUGGAGCUUGAAUGAUCACCUCCGGACAUAGGAUCCUGCAUUCACCUCUAUCUGCAUGUUAACGAGAACGGCAGAGAUUUCUCACUCAAAUGGUAAUCCCACACGUGUCUUAGAUGGGAGUUCAUUAAAUAGUGGCCACACUUAAAUAAUAGAGACCUUUUCAAAUGUAACCACUCAAGUCUAAUAUUAUGACUUCAGAACUCUCCGUCUGACCCCUCUGGUAGCAUUGAAUCCAUGGGUCCUCUAAAAGAAGCAUUGCAAUGCCAAACAUGAAGGCUUUCAAGUAUUUCAAAUCUUCUCAAAGAAAUGUCUCUAAUUUCUAGUGAUUGACAGUCUGACAGCCAACAGAGGUAACCUUAUUGGCAAGUGUAACCAUUGCUAUUUCUCAUCAAUUGCAGCAUUUAGGUUUGUCGGGGUGCAGGGAGAGGGUCUUUGCACCAAUAUCACACGAAUAACAUGUAUUUAUUUUUAUAAAAUAGUGAAGACAAGCACCACCAGAAGGCCAGACGUAAAAAAAAAUUAGACUAAUAAAAAAAUCAUUAUUUUAUGGUAACACGAAAAUCAUUUUAUUUAAAUCCUUUAUGGAGUAAAAUUCGUAAAAACACAAAACAAGCCAAAAAACUAAAAACUUAAACCAACAAAUAAAUUAAAAAAGUAAACUGUGAACAAGUGUUUAAUUUAAAAAAAAAUGUUUUUUAAACCUAAUGUGCCAGGGAGUAAAACAACUAUAGUUGUCGCCUAUCCACCUACCACACACUACUUGCAAUUUUGUAACGGUGAGGUAAACUGCAAUGUGAUCUAAUAAGUACUUUGCAACAGUAGCUUAAACGACCACUAUAGUGCCAGGAAAACAUUCUCGUUUUCUUGGCACUAUAGGGUCUCUGGGUCCCCCUCCUGCCGGGCUCUAUGGUGAGGAAGGGGUUAAUCACUUACCUUUUCUCCACCGCCGUGCUCCCUCGGCGUGGGGACUCUCCGCCUCCUUUCACGACAUCGACUGAAUGCUCAUGCGUGGCACAAGCCGCGCGCGCAUUCAGACAGUCUCAUAGGAAAGCAUUCUCAAUGCUUUCCUAUGGACGCUGGCAUAUUCUCACUGUGAAAAUCAAUGAGACAGCCACUAGAGGCUGGAUUAACCCAUAGGUAAACAUAGCAGUUUCUCUGAAACUGCUAUGUUUAUAGCAGAAAGGGUUAAUCCUAGAUGGACCUGGCACUCAGACCACGCCAUUAAGCUGAAGUGGUCUGGGUGCCUAUAGUGGUCCUUUAAAUUAAAACCUAUAUUGCAUCUAUGUCACCCUUGUCAUAUGUUUAAUCAGAGUCAUGGCUGAAUAGAAAAAAAAAAAUUAAGAGAGAUCUGUUCAGUAAGGAAAUCCGCAAAUUGGACUUAUUUGUCAAAUAUCUAAUUUGAAAAAGGUUAAUCCAGAAAAAAAGCUGAAUAAGAUUUGACAUGAUCCCUCUUAGAAGAAAAAUCAACAAUUUUACAUAGAUCUGUCCUAAAGCUCAUUGAAAGGAUCCCAAAGACCUCAUAGAGCUAAUUGCAGAUCCAUGCUCCCAUAGCUAGACUAUCCAAAAUCAAAAACACUAAAGGGAAAUUAUUGAACCCAAAUGAGAUUGAUCCCUACAAACAAUGACCUCGGUAUGACCUCGUUGAGGAAUCGUAUAUAUGAAGUAUAUCAAGGCUCAAAUGGAAUUUCAUAAGAAACGUGAUCCAAAAAUCUAAAAACUAGAUGAGAAGAAAAGAAGAAAAUCACAUUGAAACCAGAAUUAAGGAAAGUUGGUUAAAAACACCUGUUGCUGCUAGCUGUAGUAAGCUCCAAAUUAGUGUGGUAACUAACAGACUCACAGUAAUUGGAAUACUAACCGUAAUGAGUGUAGGCUAAUACGGGUCUGCUACAAUUGAGAUGAAAUAUGUGAAUACUUCCCAAUGGUAAAUGGAUCAGUUAUUAUUCUAGUUUUGGAAUAAAGAAAGACCGCUAGAACAGAGGACAUACAGUAACCCUGAGCUUGACUAUCAAUUAGAAUUUAGAGAAAUCCAAGGUCAAUUAUGUUGUCCUAAAGAGCAACCCCUCCGAUUCAGAGAAAAGAAUUAAAUAAAUAAACAGCAAAAGUUAGCUAAAUGUUCGACUAAAGUAUAAAAUGAUCAUUUGAGAGCUAGAUAAACGGUGUCCAGAGAUCCUAAUGGCUGGACAAUCUUAGAAAUAAUUAGGCAAUAGAGUAGAUAUCUAGAGCAGUUCUUGAGAUAGGGUUAAGCUGUUAUCAAAAAUGUGUAACCAUAGAGAAUAGUAAAAUUAGUAUAAUAAGUCACAGCAUUGCACUAUCCUCCCCUCCCACUGCUUCGAGGCAGUCCCCUAAAAGCUCUUUAAGUCUGCCCUGCAAACACCCAACUGACUCUGUAAAAACCUAUUUGUCCUAGGCACACAUUAGCUAAACAAAAAACAAAACAAAAUCAAGGUUCUGCUCGACGUGUGUUUCGGCGCUCAUGCGCACCUUUUUCAAGAGUUUCCAAUUGGCAUCAGAGCAAGACAGAAUGUUUGUUUAUUUUGCAUGUGAGGCUUUUUUUGUCUAACAAUGUAUUUAUUUUCGUUCUUACAGGGUCCCUUUUUUGUGAACUCGGUAUCAGAUUAAUAGACAGCAGUUGCAUUGUUUUCUUCCUAUGUAAUAUUAUUACAUGUUGUUAUAACCUGCUUUUCAUUGACAAUUCCAUUUGUGAUGCAUUAUGACCUCUCGGUUAAAUAAUAUUAAUAAUAAAAUAUUAAUUGUAAAAAAGUUAAGAAAAAUUAUAAUUAAAAAAUAUAUUUUGUUGAAAAACAGGGAGAAAGAGCAACAACCUAGACAUCUGCCUCUUAUGAUGUCAUUUAAGAAAAUCUAAUUUUAAGAUUUGUUUUUUUUCCCAGUAGAUGAUUCCAUAAAGAGAGAUGAAUUUUAUACUUCAGUUUAUUCUGCGGAUUAUAUAACUGAAGAUAACAUCACAAUUAAUCAAAAAAUAGACUGUGUGGCAGUCAGUACACCAAGCAGUAAAUCACAUAAUGAUUAUCAUGAAAUCACAGAAUCCGAAGAAGUAAAUCUCAUAGACAUUAAUUCAUCCAUAGAACCUAUACAGACUGAAGAUCCAUCUUCUGAUAUUAAGGAGGAAUCAGACUCGUGUGAGGAAGGAAGUCUCUCAGACACAGACAUUUUUAUACCCACAGAAGAUGCACCGAUAGAAUAUCCAUCUACUCUUAUCAAGGAGGAAUCAGACUCGUAUGAGGAAGGAAGUCUCCCAGACACAGACAUUUAUACAUCCACAGAAGAUGCACCGAUAGAAUAUACUUCUACUCAUAUUAAGGAGGAAUCAGACUUGUAUGAGGAAGGAAAUUUCCCAGACACAGACAAUUACUCACCAGAAAAUUCACAGAUAGAAUAUACAUCUACUCUUAUUAAGGAGGAAUCAGACUCGUGCGAGGAAGGAAAUCUCCCAGACACAGACAUUUAUACACCCACAGAAGAUGCACAGAUAGAAUAUCCAUCAACUUAUCUCAAGGAGGAAUCGGUCUCAUUGGAAGAAACACAUGUUGUUGAAGCUGCCAUUUAUACAAUCGAUAGAGAUAUACAUCUGGACUAUACAUCAAAGUGUCAAUCAGCAUCAAAUGAAAAACCAACUCUCAUGAACACGGAUAUUUAUAUACACACAGGCCAAACACAGACAGAAUAUCCACCUGACCUUAUUAAGGAAGAAUCAGCCUCAUGUGAAGCCAGCACUCUCACGAUCACCAAGGUCUAUACACCCACAGGAGAUAAGCAGAUGGACUAUACAUCAAAUAAUGAAUCCCCAUCACCUAAACAAGGAAAUAUCAGAGAAGCUAAAAUGUAUACACCCGCGGAACAUCCACAGACCGAAUAUCCAUCUGCUCAUAUUAAGGAGGAAUCAGCCUCAUGUGAAGAUGGAAAUCCCACCACUAUGGACCUUCUUACCCCCAUGUGUCAUAUUGGAAUACAAAAUAAAGGGAAUAGUUACUCCUUUGAUGGUGCUAAGGUUUCAUCUACCAAUUCAGAGCUUGUUAAACAGAAGAGUGUCAACAAAGGAAAUAAAUUGACUAGUACAGAUUACAUUAGACGUGAGUGUUUUAAGCAGAAAUCACAUUUUAGAAGACAUAGAAAAGCUCCCAAAGAAGAGAAGACAAUUUCUUGUUCUGAAUGUGGGAAAUGCUUCGCUCAAGUGACAAAUCUGAAAAUACAUCAGAGGAUUCACACAGGAGAGAAACCAUUUUCAUGUUCAGAAUGUGGGAAAUGUUUUAGUGAUCUUUCAAAUUGUAAGCGCCAUCUGCAGACUCACACAAGAGAGAAACCAUUUUCAUGUUCAGAAUGUGGGAAAUGUUUUAGUAACCUUUCAAAUUUUAAGCGUCAUCAAAAGAUUCACACAAGAGAGAAACCAUUUUCAUGUGCAGAAUGUGGGAAAUGUUUUAGUGACCUUUCAGGUUUUAAGCAUCAUCAGAAGGUUCACACAGGAGAGAAGCCAUUUUCAUGUUCAGAAUGUGGGAAAUGUUUUAUUGAUCUUUCAAAUUUUAAGCGUCAUCAGAAGAUUCACACAAAAGAGAAACCAUUUUCAUGUUCAGAAUGUGGGAAAUGUUUUAGUGCCAUUUCAAGUCUUAGACAUCAUCAGAAGAUUCACACAGGAGAGAAACCGUUUUCAUGUUCAGAAUGUGAGAAAAGUUUUAUUAACAUUUCAAAUUUUAAGCGUCAUCAGAAGGUUCACACAAGAGAAAAACCAUAUUCAUGUUCAGAAUGUGGGAAACGCUUUAUUGACCUUUCAAAUCUUAAGCAUCAUAUGAAGAUACAUACAGGAGAAAAACCAUUUUCAUGUCCAGAAUGCGAGAAAUGUUUUAAUGAUCUUUCAAAUUUUAAGCGUCAUGUGAAGAUUCACACAAGAGAGAAACCAAUUUCUUGUUCUGAAUGUGGGAAAUGCUUCACUCAAAUGUCAGAGCUUAAGAAACAUAUGAGGAUUCACACGGGAGAGAAACAAUUUUCUUGUUCUGAAUGUGGGAAAUGCUUUGCUCAAAUGUCAAAGAUGAAGAAACAUAUGAGGAUUCACACUGAAUUAUCUUGCUAAGAACAUAGAAGAAUCUUUUAAUUUAACACUUCUUACAUUUCAGAGGAUUCACACUGGGUAGCAGUUUUUUUUUUUUUAGGAUUUACUUAAAGUAAGUUUCAAUUUAAAGGGACACUCUAGUCACCAAAACAACUUUAUCUUAAUGAAGCAGUUUUGUUGUAUAGAUCAUGCCCCUGCAGUCUCACUACUCAAUUCUCUGCCAUUUAGGAGUUAAAUCACUUUGUUUAUGAACCCUAGUCACACCUCCCUGCAUGUGACUUACACAGCCUUCCAUAAACACUUCCUGUAAAGAGUCAUCUAAAGUUUAUCCUUUCUAUCACUUUAGUACUGUUUUAUUUAGAUUUUCUUAUCCCUUGUAAUGUUAAUAGCUUGCUAGACUCUGCAAGAGCCUCCUGUAUGUGAUUAAAGUUCAAUUUACAGAGAAAGAGAUACAAUUGUUUAAGGUAAAUUACAUCUGAUUGAAAGUGAAAACAGUUUUUGUUUUUUUUGUGUGCAGGCUGUGUCAAUCAGAGCCAGGGACAAGGGCUGCAUAAACAGAAACAAAUGUGAUUUAACUUCUAAAUGGCAGUGAAUUUAGCAGUGAAACCUGAGAAGCAUGAUCUAUACACUAAAACUGCUUCAUGAAGCUAAAAUUGUUUAGGUGACUAUAGUGUACCUUUAAAGUCAAAAUGGCUGAAGUGGAAAAAACUCUCUGAUGUCUAAAAUACUUUCAGUUAGGCUACUGUGGUGUUCAAUUUUAAAUUCACUUUGAAUCCUUCCUUUAGUAAAUAACCAGGUUUGUAUUCUUAAUUAUAUAUAAAGCUAAAGUGAAGAAGAAAAUGUUACCCAAAUCUUAAGCAAUCCAAACUAAACAUAUUAACCUGUGUGCAGUUACCAUGUAUGAUAUCUCAAAAAUUGUCUUUCUUAAAGAAACAUUCUAGGCUAAUAAAUAAAUACAAUUAUUUAUUACACUGGGUUUUUGUCGAUACUGGUUUGUAGGGAUGUGCAUGGGCAAAAUAUUCGGUUCAGUUCUGCAUUCUAAAAUUCGGGACUUCGGCACUUCGGUUCAGUUCGGCACUUCCAAAAUCUACAUUAGAAUAAGGAGGGGGAGACCUAUUGUCCGGCACCCACCCCUGAGCGGCAAGUGGGUGCCCUAAAUUAGAAUAGGGGGGGCUGUUUUCCUCCCGCGGCCCCCACUCCUUUUUUCUGAUUUAGGGCCCCCACCCGCCGCUCAGGGGUGGGGGCCCUAAAUCAGAUAGUUCCCCCCAUUGUCAUCCAGGGCCCCCACCUGCCCCUCAGGGGUGAGGGCCAUGGGGGGGCAAUAGGUCCCUUCUUCACUUUAAAAGCCCCCAUUCGCGUAGCUCGGGAGGGGGGGACACAGG